CGGUUGCAUUCUCAAACGCGCGAGGGACACUGGGAAACAGGAAGUAGGCCAAAGCUUCUGAAGCUUGGCCCGCCGCCUUUUAGUCUGAGUUUUCACAUCCAGGUGCUAGUCCACCAGUGACCCUGGACAGUAAUAACACAUAUAAAGCCCGAACCCACCUCCUGCCACCAUAGAACUGUUAAACACCAGGGUGCAGGGAGACGGAGAUUUAAAGGGCCAACAACGUUGAGGGAAUUUCCAUUGAAUAAAAUAGCCAAAUGAAUGGAACAGCAAAUUUUAUCAUUUCAUCAAUGUAUGGCUUUCUGCAUCAAUAGAGUUUUUUCUUUCGUGGUACUGCAGAUUGAAGUCAGGGUUUGGUGCCUCUUAGGCAGGAGCUUCACAGACUCUUCAGCCAGUUUGAAUUGCUGACAGCCAUCAGUAUGUUCCGUACCUCAUGUGGAAAUCAGUAAAUCAUGGCAUCUAAGAAAUUUGUCAUCAAAUGUCCCAUAGCUCCUAAAGAAAUACAAGCAGUCAUUGAAAGUCUCAAGACAAAGAAAGCCCAGGACCAGAUGGGUUUAGUACAGAAUUCUAUCUGACUUCAAAGAAGACCUAAUAUCAAUACUCUUCAAACUAUUUCACAAAAUAGAACACUACCUAAUUCAUUCUUUGAAGCCACAAUUAUGCUUAUAAAUAAACCAGACAAAGACACACACUACGAAGAAAGAAAACCUCAGACCAAUUUCUCUCAUGAAUAUCGAUGCAAAAAUACUCAAUAAAAUUCUCACAAACCCAGUCCAAGAAAAUAUCAAAAUGAUCAUUCACCACAGUCAUUAGGCUCUAUUCCAGGAGUACAAGGAUGGUUCAAUAUACGGAAAUCCAUCAAUGUAAUGCUCUAUAUAAAUAAACAAACUGCACCAAACCCCGUGGGAGAGAGACCUCACCGCCUGGUCAGGUGGGCACUCCUGAGGCUGCAGAGCGGAGGAGACCACCAACACUGCCCACCCCUGCCCACAUCCCUGGCCAAGAGGCAACUGUAUAAGGCCUCUGGGUUCCCAUAGGGGAGGGCCCAGGAGCGGCAGGACCCCUGCGCCUGAGACACCGCCGGAACCUGAAGGAAACAGACCGGAUAAACAGUUCUCUGCACCCAAAUCCCGUGGGAGGGAGAGCUGAACCUUCAGAGAGGCGGGCGCGCCUGGGAGGCCAGAAGAGACUGCACUCUGCGCACGUCCAGACGCCAGAGGAAAACACCAAACACCAUCUGGAACCCUGGUGCACGGAGGCUCCCGGAAAGAGCGGCGCAGGUCUUCCUGGUUGCUGCCGCCACGGAGAGGACUUAAGCAGUACCCCACAAGCAAACUUGAGCCUUGGAACCACAGGUAGGACCAACUUUUCCCCUGCAAGAAACCUGCCUGGUGAACUCAAGACACAGGCCCACAGGAACAGCUGAAGACCUGUAGAGAGGAAAAACUACACGCCCGAAAGCAGAACACUCUGUCCCCAUAACUGGCUGAAAGAAAACAGGAAAACAGGUCUACAGCACUCCUGACACACAGGCUUAUAGGACAGUCUAGCCACUGUCAGAAAUAGCAGAACAAAGUAACACUAGAGAUAAUCUGAUGGCGAGAGGCAAGCGCAGGAACCCAAGCAACAGAAACCAAGACUACAUGGCAUCAUCGGAGCCCAAUUCUCCCACCAAAAUAAACAUGGAAUAUCCAAACACACCAGAAAAGCAAGAUCUAGUUUCAAAAUCGUAUUUGAUCAUGAUGCUGGAGGACUUCAAGAAAGACAUGGAGAAUUCCCUUAGAGAACAAGUAGAAGCCUACAGAGAGGAAUCGCAAAAAUGCCUGAAAGAAUUCCAGGAAAACAUAAAUAAACAAGUAGAAACCCAUAGAGAGGAGACACAAAAAUCCCUGAAAGAAUUCCAGGAAAACACAAUCAAACAGUUGAAGGAAUUAAAAAUGGAAAUAGAAGCAAUCAAGAAAGAACACAUGGAAACAACCCUGGACAUAGAAAAUCAAAAGAAAAGACAAGGAGCUGUAGAUACAAGCUUCACCAACAGAAUACAAGAGAUGGAAGGGAGAAUCUCGGGAGCAGAAGAUUCCAUAGAAAUAAUUGACUCAACUGUCAGAGAUAAUGUAAAGCAGAAAAAGCUACUGGUCCAAAACAUACAGGAAAUCCAGGACUCAAUGAGAAGAUCAAACCUAAGGAUAAUAGGUAUAGAAGAGAGUGAAGACUCCCAGCUCAAAGGACCAGUAAAUAUCUUCAACAAAAUCAUAGAAGAAAACUUCCCUAACCUAAAAAAAGAGAUACCCAUAGGCAUACAAGAAGCCUACAGAACUCCAAAUAGAUUGGACCAGAAAAGAAACACAUCCCGUCACAUAAUAGUCAAAACACCAAACGCACAAAAUAAAGAAAGAAUAUUAAAAGCAGUAAGGGAGAAAGGUCAAGUAACAUAUAAAGGCAGACCUAUCAGAAUCACACCAGACUUUUCGCCAGAAACUAUGAAGGCCAGAAGAUCCUGGACAGAUGUCAUGCAGACCCUAAGAGAACACAAGUGCCAGCCCAGGUUACUGUAUCCUGCAAAACUCUCAAUUAACAUAGAUGGAGAAACCAAGAUAUUCCAUGACAAAACCAAAUUUACACAAUAUCUUUCUACAAAUCCAGCACUACAAAGGAUAAUAAAGGGUAGGGCCCAACAUAAGGAGACAAGCUAUACCCUAGAAGAAGCAAGAAACUAAUCGUCUUGGCAACAAAACAAAGAGAAGAAAAGCACACAAACAUAACCUCACAUCCAAAUAUGAAUAUAACAGGAAGCAAUAAUCACUAUUCCUUAAUAUCUCUCAACAUCAAUGGCCUCAACUCCCCAAUAAAAAGACAUAGAUUAACAACUGGAUACGCAAUGAGGACCCUGCAUUCUGCUGCCUACAGGAAACACACCUCAGAGACAAAGACAGACACUACCUCAGAGUGAAAGGCUGGAAAACAACUUUCCAAGCAAAUGGUCAGAAGAAGCAAGCUGGAGUAGCCAUUCUAAUAUCAAAUAAAAUCAAUUUUCAAUUAAAAUUCAUCAAAAAAGAUAAGGAAGGACACUUCAUAUUCAUCAAAGGAAAAAUCCACCAAGAUGAACUCUCAAUCCUCAUCUUCGGUUGGUUUAUAUACAAGUGUGCAAUUUCUAGGCUUGAAAGUAAAAUGAUGCUAUCUGGUGCUGGAUAGAGGAGCCUCAUUUUUUAUUAUGGCAGCUUGCUAUUUUUGUAACAUGGUGAUUUGGUUGAACACAAUAAAGUACAGUAGUAACUGAAAAAGAAAAAAGAUAUAAAGACAAUAGUCCAGAUAGUCUCAUAUACAUAGAUGGUUUUCACAAACGUCAGAAAUCCACAAAGUAUGAGAUUUAAAGUUAUUUAUUUUUUUUUGAGUCAUAUCUGCUCCUAACUGUUCCCCUUUGGUGGAUUUAACGAAGAAUGUGAACAUCUCUACCUUCAGGUGAGGAAAUAAUUUGUGGCUAGGCAGCCACUUGACAAAACUGCCUGUUUCAUCUGUAGACUAUACUGUCCAGAAAAGGACAAAUUAUGCAGAAUAUUUGACUGAUAAACUCUGCCAAGACAGGGUGAUUAGCCCUUCAAAAUCUCCAUUUCAAGAGUCUGUCAGUUGAUUUUGGGUCCGAAGACUGAAGACUUGCACUCACGUGUUCCUAACAGGCGACUGCACUAGUGGAGAUUUGUCUCUACAACCUCUCAGUUCUGGAAGCCAUGUUAGGCUUCCUAUGUGUAUAGAUAUUUGGUCGUUCUCAGAUUUCUGAUGGGGUUGAAGACUGAUUCUAGUUUCAUAGCCUAUCAGGCUGUUUAACUCUUAAAAUACAUAUUUUAUUGGAUAGUUAUCAGAUAGUGUACAAGCUAGCAAGAUAUAAUAUAGAUUUUAGGCCUUUCUUAAAUAAUGGAUAAUAAUGGAAUGGAUAACUAAAUAUUCUGUAUAACUGAUGUAGUGUUGGACUGGGUGUUAGAUAUACUUUAUGCUUUUAAUUACAAAAUGAUAAUAGUUGUGCUCAGCUUAAAAAAAAAGAAAAGAGAAGAAAAGAAAAGAAAAGAAAAGAAGCCACGCUAUGGAUCAGCAGCGGCAGUAUUGUGUAUUUAUCUCUUAUGGGUGCAGCAAACCAUUUGGGAACAGUUUAUGGAGCAGAAAUUCCAAAUUAACCCUUCACUCACUGUGUCAUGAUAUAGAACCAUGGCGGUCUCGCUGUCCCACCGUGUUGUAAACUUCGAUUCUUUUAAUUGGAUUCUUUAGGUUGUUUGUGCAUUAAGGACGCAUUAGGUAAAGGGAGUAAAAAGUGUGAAGGUGUCUUUAAAAAAAAAAAAAAAGAAAUGAUGGAAUUUUCCCGAUAUUUUUCAGCAUCUAAUGAUAUAAUCAUGUGACAUUUUUCAGUUUUUAUAUACUGAAUUAUAUCAAUGGAUUUCCACAUAUUGAAUCAUCCCUUCAUGUCUUGAAUGAAAUCUACUGGACUAAGAUGGAUGAUGUAUUGAUGUGUUUCUGCAUUCAGCUUGUGAUUAUUUUACUUUUUUUUUUUAUAAAUGAUCCUAAGAGAAAAAAAAAAGAAAUGUAAAAAAAAAUAUUCAUUACAACCUGAAAAUAUGCAGAAAGGAAUCUUAGCAUCUGCCUCCAUGCUCUCUCGGCUGCUUCUCCUCUCCUCAAGUCUCCUUCUCCUCUCUAAGACUUUUUUCCUGCCCAUUUCCUUCUCGUCCAAUGACAGACCUUGUUCUGUACUAAUCCUGCUUUCACAUUUAUAAUGACCUCAUCCUACAGGAUGGGAUAGAGGGUUUAUUGAUGGGAAACCAGGAGAGGGGAUAACAUUUGAAAUAUAAAUAAAAAUAUCCAAUAAAAAAGGAAAGAAAGAGAUUAGAAUAAAGAUUUUAAUAUUCUGUAGAUUUAUAAUAAGGACACUUAAUUUUGAGUUGUAAUUUUUAUAUUUAUAAAUCUAAAUGUUGUUCCUACCCUUAUGUGAGAAGGCCAGACAUUAUAAUAUCCAUUAUCUAUUAUUUGGGUAUUUUCUCAGUUUCUUGCUUUUGAAUUUUUUCCUAUUAUAUAUCAUUAAAAGCUUCACUGUUAUAGAAUUAAUAUUUAAUAAACAAUGUAUUGAAAAUGUAUAAGGUCAUGGAAAUCACACACACACAUACACACAUACACACACACACACACCACAUAUACACACUGCACAUACACACAUACACACUGCACAUAAACACAUAUACAUAUACAAGUGCCCUCACACAAUGAUCCUACCUCCACAAUUCAGAUAAUGAUCAUAUACAUAAUGUAUAGUACCUUCUAAUGCUACUUCAAACUCUGUUUUUUGCCAAUUAUACCAUUUCUGUAGUGAAGGAAAAACGUUUUUGUUACUGUGAUUUAAUUCAUAAUUUUGUAUUUUGUACAAAUUGAAAAAUAAGUAAACUAUUGUUUUGUCUGUUACUUUCUAGAUUGAUUUUGAGAAUCAUUUAUUUCAUGAGUUAGUAAAUUAUUUUUUCCAUCUUAGUGAGAAUGUUUUUGUAUUUGGUACCUACUGAGGUAAAUUCUACUUUUUGUUAUCAAAAAUUAUGUUACUCUGACUAUCUCUGGGAAAAUCUUUAAUGCCUUUAUGCAUGCAUCUUAAAACUACCUAGGAGGGGAAAGAUUGAUUUAUGUGUGGUGGACAUAUUCAGGACUGAUAGAAGGUUUCCAAAAUAGUUGUAUAACUUGAUAUUCCCCAAAAAAUUGUAUACUAAAAAAUUAUAGUUAUGAAUUAAGCAAUUAUUUUAUAACAUCAAAAUCAUUGUUUUUCAUGUGAAAAUGUAUUCAGUUAUAAUUUUAAAAAUUCUAUUUUAAUGUGAACAUUAAGAAAAUAAACAUUUAUAGACUUAUAGGAAAGAUAAAAAAAAUAAAUAAACAAACUGAAAGAAAGAAACCACAUGAUCACUCAUUAGAUGCUGAGAAAGCAUUUGACAAAAUUCAACACCCCUUCAUGAUAAAAUUCUUGGACAGAUCAGGAAUUCAAGGCCCAUACCCAAACAUGGUAAAAGCAAUAUACUGCAAAAAUCAGCCAAUAUCAAACUAAAUGGAGAGAAACUUGAAGUAAUCCCACUAAAAUUAGACACUAGACAAGGCUGCCCACUCUCUUCCUACCUAUUCAAUAUAGUACUUGAAUUCAUAGCCAGAGCAAUUAGACAACAAAAAGAGGCCAAAGAGAUACAAAUUGGAAAGCAAGAAGUCAAAACAUCACAAUUUGCAGAUGAUAUGAUAGUAUACUUAAGUGACCCCAAAAAUUCCACCAGAAGCAAGUGUUCUUAACUGGCAAAUCAUUUUGUAGUUCAACCAGGUUUCUUUUCAAUCAGUAGUCAGUGCAAAAUUGAAGUAAUUUCACAUUCUAUAGCUAUUAAAUUCAAGAUUCUAUGCACAUUUCAGGUCAGUUUUGUUGUUUGCUAUUACAAUGUUUUGCUGGAUCCCCAAGCUUCUGGCAUGUUUUCUGGUUGUGUACUUGUCAAUUUUACUACAUUUUACUAGUUUUACUUCCUGUUUCUUAAAGCUGCUCUGCUAAGUCUAAAGUUCAGGUUUAACAUCUUUUAAACUUUUCUAUUUAUAUUGUCAGGUAUUUAUUCUUAUUGAUAUGAAUCCUUUCCUGGAAUAUUCUAUUUUUUUCUGGUAUCAACAUUUUGUUACUAGUUCUUCUUUUGAUUAAAAUUUGUAAAGCUUUUGUUUUCCCAACUUUUCUAUUUAUCAGCUUUAGGAACAGUGGGCUUGCUAGCUUACUUAUUUAUUUAUUUGCAUAAUGUAACAAUUUGCUUAUUCAUAAAUUGCAUUAUUGCAAAUAGUGAUAAAACUGAAAAUAUUCUAGUAUAGUAUAUAUCUGUUUGAUGUAUGUUUUCUCUUCCUUCCUUCUGAUUCCAUCUAAAUUUUGUAUUCCCCUCUCUCCAGAAGUCCUUCUGGUUUAGAAUUUGUGUGUAGUUAUCCUAUUACUUUAGAAUACUUUUCUUACUUUGUUGUAUGACCAAGACUGUAAACAUAAGGAAAUUUAUCUUGAGACUCACUAGGUAACAGGUGUUAUUUUUCUUGCAGAAUAUAAAUCUGGAGGACAACCAACCAUUAGCAACUCAGGCUUCUGUCUUUCUGCUUGUCAUCCCUUAAGCGUGGACUUUAUUUUGUUUUGUGGCCAUUAACUGGCCACUUAACUUUCAGACAGAACAUCCAAGUAUCAGACAGGGAGGGGUUGGGAAUGGGCAAAUGACUAGAGAUAGCACAUAUUAAUCAUUCCUCUUUAUCUAAAAAGGACCAACCAAGAGAUGUGCAUUCUGUGGUCCAGAGCUGUGUCACAUACCAUGUGUGACUGGGAAGAGGCCAAGGAAAAACUGAGAAUCAGAAUUGGGAUUGGCUUUUCUAUAGAUCUCUCUUUCAUAUAUGUUUAGUUCCCAAAUUUUUCAACAUACUCUAAUGUUAGCCAGUAUUUCUAUUCUUUCUAUAAUGUAACCUAGACUAAGGGCAUAUCGCUUAAACAUUAAACAACCUGCCCAGAAUGAAUUGUCUGUUGAUAUGAAUCAUGUACUUAGCAUUCCCCUAUUCUCUGGGCCCCAAGAUGACUGUCUGAAUUAUUUCAUUUUACAUCUGGAAUGCCAGGCAAACACUACUUAUCACUGAACAACAACAUCCCAGUGCACUUGUCCCAGUUUUAAAUAUCAUUUUAUAUGUGAUUCUAAUCCUUUGUAAAUGGUUUCAAAAUUUUGAAUAUGACCAGAGCAAUGCUUCAGAAUAAGGACCUAUGUAUUGUGUUGAUUGUAGAUUCUUUGGCAAUUAUAACAAGUUUUACUUCUGUGACAGAACUCACAAUUGCUGGUUACUAUUUCAACCCAAUUUGGAUUGUUUUCAGAGUCCAGGUUUUUAAAAACCAUAUUACAUUUUUGUUUUUGAAAAUCAUCCCAUAUUUAAUUCUACUUUAGACAGGUUUUCUUUCCCCCCAUAGGCUGCCCUGUCUAGACUAUAACAAUAGCAGUUCUUACUGGCCUGUUUCUUCUAAGUAGAAGAAAAGAACAUAAACAAUUAGAUGGUAAGUUCUCACUAAGAAUUACAACUGAAAAUGGAAUACAUAUUUUAGAUAGUAAGCCGUCUCCACUUCCUAAUAUGAUACCAUUCUGAUGUUACUGACUUAAUGCAAUAACAUGUAAUUUUGAAACAGAAAUAUAUGCAUACCUUGCUUUAUUCAAUUCUAGAUUAUUCUUUAUAUUCACUUAAAAAAUAACAAGGUCACGAGUUUGAAGUCAACCUUGCUAGACCAUGAGACCCUGUCCUCAAACAAAAUCGCCCCACAACAGAAAGCAAAGAGAAGACUACAUUUAUGAUAUUACAUGUCAAGAGUUUGUGACUUUUUCCCCCAUGGGCUGAAAGACAUUUAUGUUUGUAUGACCUACCAUUUUUACCUCUGUUUCUCCAUAUACCUCUUGUUCUUAUUUUGGAGUUUUGUUUUGUAGCCAAUACUGUUUUGAGAUAAAGUCCUUGGUGACGAUGCUUUUGAACUCAGACAUCAAAUAUCUAAUGUGUGAGCCCAGCACAGAUGAAGGUUGUGUCUGUGCCAGGAUUAUGCAUAAAAGUAUGUGUGGCCACUAGAGGUUCUUCAUGUGUUCUUUUGAUAGGGCUUCUUUUCCACUGCUUUAAUGUCAUUGAAUGAAAUCAAUGGGUGACUUUUUCAAUGCGAAUUAUACUUAAAUCAUGAAGGGUUCAACAAAAAUUAUAAAUUCGGUCAUAUGUACUUGUAUUGGCAGUCACUAAAACAGGUGAAGACACCACAGUAGCUUUGUAGCAGAAAUAUGAGUGUUACUAAUGAUGAUGACAGUGAUAGUGAUCUUUUCCAGGACCAACGCUAAUAGAUAAGACAUAAGACAAGCAUGAUUGCUUUUGACCUUCUCUGGAUAAGAAGAGCUUUGUUAGACUUCGUUGCUGUUCAUCUAUACCUACUUUCAGUUCAAAGGCUGCUGGAAAGGUUUUAUUUUUUAGUUUUUUAUAGUGAACAUUUAAGAGCCAGGCAUGACAAUCAUACAUGAAGAAUCCAAGCAUUGGGAGUUUGAGACUAUGGCAGCAUAGUCAGAUUCUCUCUCUCUCUCUCUCUCUCUCUCUCUCUCUCUCUAAUUAAAUCAGUCAAAUUAAUUUUAAUUAAAAAAAAUCAUCCAUGAAAAAACCUUUUUCAGUAUGGAGUCACAUAUAUGUCUUUAUACUGUUUGUAUACCUAGGGCCUAAGGAAGGCAAAAAAAAAAAAAAAAAGCAUCAAAUUUCUUGGAUCUGGAAUCAUAGGUAGAUAUGAGUCAUUUGAUGUGCAUGCUGGGAACCAAA